CCAAAAUCCCCAAAUCUCAACACAAAAUUCAAAAUCCAAAUCCCUAAAUCCUCCAUUGCCACAACCUCCAACCAUCCCCAAAACAAUGCCGUCGUUUCCCGAAGAGCCUCUCCUCGCCCCCAACCCCGACCGCUUUUGCAUGUUCCCGAUCCACUACCCGCAGGUCUGGGAGAUGUACAAGAAGGCGGAGGCCUCCUUCUGGACUGCGGAGGAGGUCGACCUCUCCGCCGACCAGCGCCACUUCGACUCCCUCACCGCCGACGAGCAGCACUUCAUCAAGCACGUCCUCGCCUUCUUCGCCGCUUCCGACGGCAUCGUUUUAGAGAAUCUCGCCGGCCGAUUCAUGAAGGACGUCCAGAUCUCGGAGGCGCGCGCCUUCUACGGCUUUCAAAUCGCAAUCGAGAACAUCCACUCCGAGAUGUACAGCCUCCUCCUCGAGACCUACAUCAAGGAUCCCGACGAGAAGGCUCGAUUAUUCCGCGCGAUCGAGACCGUCCCCUGCGUAGAGCGGAAAGCUAAUUGGGCAAUGAGCUGGAUCGACGGAUCGGAAUCAUUUGCGGAGAGGCUUGUUGCCUUUGCCUGCGUUGAAGGAAUCUUCUUCUCCGGAAGCUUCUGCGCGAUUUUCUGGCUGAAAAAGCGAGGGUUAAUGCCUGGAUUGACCUUCUCGAAUGAAUUAAUCUCGAGAGAUGAAGGAUUACACUGCGAUUUCGCUUGCUUGCUUUACAGUCUGCUGAAGAUGAAGCUGAGCGAGGAGAGGGUGAAGGCGAUUGUGUCAAAUGCGGUGGAGAUUGAGAGGGAAUUCGUGUGUGAGGCGCUGCCGUGUGCGCUGGUGGGGAUGAAUUGCGAUUUGAUGAGUCAGUAUAUCGAAUUUGUGGCGGAUCGGUUGCUGGAUUCGCUCGGGUGUGGGAAGGUUUACAAUGUGGAGAAUCCGUUUGAUUGGAUGGAGCUGAUCAGUUUGCAGGGGAAGACUAAUUUCUUCGAGAAGAGGGUCGGGGAGUAUCAGAAGGCGUCGGUGAUGUCGAGCUUGAACGCGAAUGGCGGCGACUCUCAUGUGUUCAAGCUGGAUGAGGAUUUCUGAGCUUUGAUUUAUGGUAUUUUCUUUGUAAUAUAGAGUUUUAGGAUUUUGUAAUGUGGAUUUCUGUUUGUUUAUCUCUUCUUUGUUGAAGAAAUUGAGGAACUCAUAAUUACAAUGUUUAAAAAUUAUUUAACUGACUAAAGGAUUAAUUAAGAGCAUCUGCAAU